AGAUUGACAUCGGACUUCUACUUCCGUGAACGAAGGCUUUUUAUUUAUGAAAAUGAACCUGAGUUUGUGUAAGUUUAAGUAACAUUUGCUUUAUCAUGAUUGUGUUUGAAAGAAAAGUACUUUUUCAUAUCUAUGCAAUUAUAUGUGAUCUAAAGUAGAACUUGAAAAAAAAAAAAAGAAAACUUUAUAAUAAGCCGAUCCAGUGCGAUUGUUAGUAACAGUCUAUAAUGAAUUGUUUGUUCUCCUAAAUGCGGCACUUUAAACGAUACUUAUCCUUCUUUUUUACUCUCUUUUUUCUUCCUCUUUUUUCUUUCUUUUUCUUUCUUACGCUAUGCUGAAAAGGCUAUUACUACUUCAACUUGUCAUUAAAAAAAUAUGGGGACAACCGUUAUUAUUUAACGAAAGUCGUGUACAAUCAUUUGAGCUUUAUGAAAAACUUUUGUGUAUCCUAUUUUUAGUUUUUAUAGGAGGUGUAUUUGCAGGAUUGACGAUUGGUUUAAUGGGCCUUGACAAGACAAAUCUCCAUGUAUUAAUCGAAUCCGGUACACCUUCAGAAAGAAGGAAUGCAAAACAAGUUUUAGCUCUUUUAGAUCGAGGAAAUCAUUGGGUACUAGUGACUUUAUUACUUUCGAAUGUCAUUGUCAAUGAAACACUGCCUAUUAUUUUACAUGGUGUCUUAAGUGGAGGUUGGCAAGCUGUUGUCAUUUCUACAGCUCUCAUUGUUAUUUUUGGAGAAGUGAUACCUCAAUCCAUAUGUGUCCGACAUGGAUUAGCAAUUGGUGCAAAAACAGCAUGGAUGGUAUUGGUAUUGAUGUACAUUAUGUACCCUAUUGCCUAUCCCAUAGCCAAAUUGUUAGACUAUGUCCUUGGUGAAUCGCAUGGCACAGUCUACAAGAAGGCUGGUUUAAAAACACUGGUUUCCUUACACCAAGCAGUCCAUCCUUCCGACGUAGAUGCACUGACUUCCGAUGAAGUAACCAUUAUUGGUGCUGUACUCGACUUGAAACAAAAACCUGUUUCGUUUAUCAUGACACCUAUCAAAGACGUCUUUACACUUUCAACAGACGAUAUUUUAGAUGAAACAUUAGUUGAUAAAAUCUUGACAGCUGGUUAUUCUCGUAUUCCUAUCCAUGCGCCUGAUGACAAGGCUCAUUUUGUCGGCAUGUUAUUGACAAAGCGUUUGAUUACUUAUGAUCCCGAAGACGCUUUGCCAAUGAAACAGCUGCCCUUGAGUGCAUUGCCUGAGACAGGACCUGAUACAAGUUGUCUUGACAUCCUUAAUUUCUUUCAAGAGGGCAAGAGCCAUAUGGCACUUGUCACAAACGAUACUCAUGGUGCUAUUGGUGUCAUUACUUUAGAAGAUGUGAUUGAAGAACUUAUUGGCGAAGUAACAUUGUUUGCAUUAAUAUUAUGUAAUCACUCAUCUCUUUUGAAUUAGGAAAUUAUUGACGAAACAGAUGUUUAUGUGGAUGUAACAAACAAGGUUCGAGUGAUCCGAAGACAUAUGUUAAACAGACGCAAUACAACAGCCAAGA